GGAAAGGAAGCUAUGAUCCAAAUCCUAUCCUGGGUCUCCCAAUGACUUUUUCUACGUUGUGAUACAUGCUUGUUACCCAGGAGAUGCCACGUGGAGACUAAGUCAUGGUAGUUUGACACGUAUGUCAAACGUGGAGAAGCUACGCACAGAGCACGAGAGCGUGUCAUCAUUAUAAGAAACCACGCAUGAAGAGCUCAAAGCCAAACUACAGAGAGCAAAAAUUCGUAACGGAAAGGAAAGAAUAAUGGAGAAGAAUCAGGAACAGAAGGAGAGAAAGCCAGAAAGUGUAGAAGGGCUUCCUAUGGAGGACAGCCCCUAUUUGCAGCACAAGGACCUGGAAGAUUACAAGCGCCAGGGUUAUGGAACCGAAGGCCAUCUCCAGCCCAAGCCUGGUCGCGGCGCCGGCUCCACUGAUGCCCCCACACUUUCUGGUGCCGCUGUCUCCUCUGAAGCUGAUGCUGCUGCCACUGAUCCCAUUAAACGCCAAGGGCCGGAGACCCAUAACUUCAUAUUGUAGGCUUAAGUGAAUGCAAUUUGCUGCAAUUAUUCUACCAUAUUAGAGUAUUAGUUUAAUUAAUUAAUUGCUUUUUUAUCAGUGUAACGGUAUAAGUGGUGCCAACUGCCAAGGUUAUGAUUUCGACCAUUGUUUGAUCA